UGAUGUAAUGAUUCCCGCUUUCGAUAGGUAGCGCUGCGAACGUUCUUAAGGAGAAACAUGCUCGUCCUUUCGGCGUAUGUGACAAGGGGCGUCCACGAGGCUCCCGAUCCAUCGUUUUUCAGUUUCCCUCGCUGCUGGCAGCGUACGGACGGUGAUAAGGAUUGAAUUUGUCGCUCCGUCAAAAUUCGUUCUCGACGCGAGUCGCGCGAGCUCGAAGAAAGUUUCGAACGAAACGUCGUCCGGCAAAGCUCGAGCUUGCCGCUUUUUCUAACGUUUCGAGGGAAAGAGAGAGAGAGAGAGAGAGCGAAAGGGGAAAAGAGGAAGAGAUAGAAGGAAGAAGGGAGAUGCGGAAUUACGAUGCAUCGUUCCCACGUUUCUUCUCGUCAACGGGUCGUGGUACGUCGUGAAAGGGUUAAGAAGUGAGCUCGAGCGUCGAGUGGAAGAAGGAAGGAAGCAAAGGGUCACGGGAUCGAGGUGGGAGGACGGAUGAGAGAAGGUGCCACCGACUUUUCCUGGACGUACAGUUGGGCACGAGCGCGACCAAGAAGGGAAAUACCUGUUCGAAGGUGGCAGUGACAGGGGUGGCGAAGGUCACGGGGUUGGGUCUAGGGGUGGCAUCAUGGACUCUCACCAGCAUCAAUUCUGUCUUAAGUGGAACAGUUUCGGUAGCAAUCUAGCAACAGCGUUCUCGAAUUUAUUCAAAAGCGAGAGUCUUACCGAUGUCACCCUCUUCUGCGAGGGAGUAACGUUCAAAGCUCACAGAUUGAUCCUCGCAGCAUGCAGCAAACAUUUUCAGGAGCUCUUCGAAGGAAUGCCGCCUUCUCCCGCAGGACUGAUCGUUAUUCUCGACGGGACGAGCGCUCACAAUAUGGCGUCGCUUCUCGAAUUUAUGUACCGCGGAGAAGUACACGUGUCUCAGGAAUCUCUGAGCUCUUUCCUCAAGGCAGCGGAAUGCCUUCAAGUAAAAGGUCUGUCGAUCGAGCACGAGAAACUAGCAGUGGCGCAGAGACACGCGGCUGAGAGCAAUAAUUCGUCGACGGACACCGGCGGAGAGGGUGGCGGAGGAGGCGGAGGCAACGGAGUCGGCGAAGUCGGUGCACCAGGAAGUAUCGGUGGUAGCAGCAGCGUUGGAGUCGGCGGUAGCAUCGCCGCUGGUACCGUAUCUACUACGAGCGCUGCUGGAGAUAGCGGAGCCGGUGAUAUCACCGAUCUCAGCGAGGCCGGUGAAGCUACGAUGCUGAGGAACAGUAUAAAAAGAUGCAGAGACGCAACCCCUACGCCUGCGCCGUCCCCGGCACCUGCAUACACCGUACCCAACAUGUACUCUCACUAUUUCGAAAGUCCCCCAAAGAGGUUAAUGAGAUCGCCGAGCGACAUCGACACGUUAGGCAGGGCGAGCGUGUUGCGCGACGGUGCAGCGUUCCGACCAGCCUCAGCGCCGCACCCUCUUCUUUUGGAAAACCACUUUUAUCAGCCCUUUGCCCAUCCCUCGGAAACACCGGCCCACUCGCAUACCGCGCCUCACACGCCAACGGAUCUCGAGCAGGAAUUGGAACAAGCGCGGUCGGAGGAACGGAAUAACUGUGAUAACAAGGAAAGCGUCGCGGAAGAUCUACGGAUAAAUCACGAACGUAUGUUAUUGACGGAUCGAGAGCGAGCAGAGAAAUUGGCAGAGAGAUUGUCGAGCGAGGUAUAUUCCGGGGGUAGGGGGUUCGAGGGUUACUGCUCAAAUUCGGAACAUUUACAACGCGGCGCGCAAAUGGGUUCCGCGAUGGUAUCGAUACCACCGGCACAUCCACCGACUCCAGAUCUCAGUCCCGCUCCGACUACUCCUGCCAUGUGGAAUACGAAGAUGAACAAGGCUGGUACCGUAUCGACCCCCGAGGGUAAAAAACUAAAGUGUCCCUUUUGCGAGAGACUGUACGGCUAUGAGACGAAUCUGCGUGCCCAUGUACGACAGCGUCAUCAGGGCAUCAGGGUACAUUGCCCAUACUGUUCGCGAACAUUCACGAGAAACAACACCGUGCGACGGCACAUAGCACGAGAGCACAAAGGCGAGUUGAGUUUAAAAGCUUUCCAAGAGACGAAUCACUCGGCCUCCGAUUCGGUGCCGCAGUAACAACGUUCUCCUCGACCUUCUUAUCAUCGUCGCCGUCAUCAUUGUUGUUGUCAUCGUCGUCGGCGUCGACGUCGUCGUCGUCGGCUUCGUCGUCGUCGUCGUCGUCGUCGUCGUCGUCGUCGUCGUCGUCGUCGUCGUCGUAAUAGUAGUCAUUGUUUUCUUCGUGAUUCCGUGACCCAGAAUGCCGAAGAGGAAGAAAUGAAAAAGAAAGAAAUGUCGAAACCACCGAAACUUUUUUUUCGGCUACACGUUACACGAAGAAGCUAAAGACGAUUGGGGAGCCGUUUAGUUCUCCAUUUACCCUUCGACGUUCGACUCGAACACACCGUCCCUAUUCCUCGAUCGGUAAACUUAGUAAGACGAUGUUCCACGGUGUUUAUACAAAAACCUGUCCAGCUUCCGAGAGGAACGUCCUUCCGAAGAAGAUGAGAAGGAACGAGUAUCCACGGAUCUGGCUUCGAUCAAUCUCAUGGAUUAAUAAGUUGGAUGAAUUUUUUCAACGAACUGGCAAUCUCUCAAAAACGUUGCCAAUUUCCGAAGAUGAAAAAGGACGUCUUCGACAUUUACGAUCUUUUUCUUUUGCUUCGUUUCUUUGGUUAUUUUUUUUUUCUUUUCUUUUGUUUUCACAUUUUCCAUUUAAUAACGAUUACAAAAAAAAAAGAACUCAACGGCUGCGUCUUACGAGACCAAACAUCGUUCGAAGGCCGUUACGUCAUCGUCGUCGUCGUCGUUGUUAUCUACCUGGGAUCAUCGUCCUACUACCACAACAUCGAAGACCGAAGCGAAGGAACUUUAAGGUCAGGUUUAGGACUCGCAGUUUUCUGAAAGAUUCCUAAGACGCACGGCGAGUUCUUUCUUUCUGAAAGAAAGAAUUUUUUUUUUUUUUUUUUUUUAUUUUCGAGAAGAAACAAAGAGAGAUAUUAUUUUUGUUUCUCUUCAAGUCGUUACGUUAAACGUUGAAGCGAUCUUUCUUUUUGCAAGUAAAAAGAAAAAAGAUUUAUUGAGAAAGCAUAAUCGUUUUUGGUUUCCGUGCCUCUUGAUGGAUCUUUCCGAAAAAUAUACGUCGCGAACUCGAAGUGAAAAAAGCUGCCGUCGUAUGAGAAUACGAUUAUUAGAAAAAAGAGAGAAAGAGAGAGAGAGAGAGAGAGAGAGAGAGAGAGAGAGAGAGAG